AUGGCAGAAAAUUCUCAACAGUUUGGCUUCCGUGAGAGUAACCCUACCCGUAGGGUUAAUGAGGUGGAGACGACAUCUAUUCAGCAACAGUUGUCGGAGCUAACAUCCGUUGUUCGACAAUUAGCUGUGGGAAAUGUGCCCCAAGUAAAAGCCUGUGGAAUCUGCACAAAUAUGGGCCACCCUACUGACUCAUGUCUUCUGUUGCAAGAGAAUGGGGCUGAACAAGUGAACAUGGCUGGAGGCGUGCCCGCGCCUCGUAGACAGUACGAUCCAUACUCCAACACAUAUAAUCCGGGUUGGAGAGAUCACCCCAAUUUCAGCUAUGGUGAUAGGCCACAAAAUGCAUUCUCUAAUCGUCCACCAGGAUUUCAGCAACCUUGGCAACAGAAGUCUCAAUCCUCGUUCUCCAGCUCAGAAAGUUCUUUGGAGGAAAUUGUCAAGAGUUUGGCCACGACCACCACUCAACUCCAGCAAGAGACUAGGUCCUUGCUCGCGAGCACUAUUCAGUUCCAACAGGACACCAAAGCAGGCAUGAAGGACAUGGAGAUUCGAAUGAGUCAAAUGGCAACUGCCAUUAACCGCCUGGAGUCCCAUGUCUAUGGAAAAUUGCCAUCACAACCCGAGACAAAUCCCAACAAUGUAAGUGCCAUGACAUUAAGGAGUGGAAAAGAGGUGGAGGGACCUAAGUUGGUAAAUUCGAAGAGCAGAAAUGAAGAGGAAAUCGAGAAGGAGAUUGAAGAGAAAGGACGCAUUCGCGAAGAGCCUAAGGUACCCAAGUACGCAAAGUUCUUGAAAGACUUGUGCGUUAACAAAAGAAAGCUAAGGGGUGAUGAAAGAGUGAUGGUAGGAGAGAAUGUAUCAGCUGUACUUCAAAGGAAACUCCCACCCAAAUGCGGAGAUUCAGGCCGCCGCCACCUUCCUCUGCACCGCCCUAGCUUGCCAUCGUCCACCAACGCACCAGGCGUGCCUCUGCGCCCUGCCCGUGCACGCGGUCCUCCUCCAGCAGCACGCGGCCUUUCUCUUUGCCUGCAUUUAGGCAGAGAAUCAGGCGGCCUUCUUCGCUCACAUUGGAUUCACCCCGCCUCACCUCCUCCGCCUUAG